GGACAGAGAGAGUGUGAAAGAUUUGCGAAAAUCUCUGUUGCCUCCGCUUGACUCUGUGUUUGUGUUUGUGGGUCUCUGAACAAAGUCCAAAAACACCAACGUAACUGCUUGCUGCAGGCGCGACGUAUGGCGAUCCCUCUCUCCUCUUCAAAUGGCAUCUCUGCCAACAUACGCUCCUUGUGCGCAGACCCUUUAGUGGGGUUCAAUCAGAGCUUGUAAAUUUUUCAUUUUUUUUGUGUUUUUUGUUUUCCCCGAGAUCCAUCGUUGCUGUCCAUGGCUGAAUCCGCUUUCCUGUUCUGUGUGCUGGUCCUCUGCGCUUGCGCACCCUUAUUAUCGUCCGCAGAGCGCAGUGCCGAAACCAUGGCGGAAGUCCAAGCCUUGACGUCUUUCAAACUCAAUGUGCAUGACCCACUUGGAGCGCUCUCCGGCUGGGAUUCUUCCACUCCUUCUGCUCCCUGCGACUGGCGCGGAGUCGGCUGCGAGAACAACAGAGUUACGGAGCUCCGCCUGCCUCGCCUCCAACUCGGUGGCCGACUCAGCGACCGCCUUGCUGACCUGCGCAUGUUGCAGAAGCUGAGCCUACGGUCCAACUCCUUCAAUGGGACCAUACCUUCUUCUCUCUCCAAAUGCACGCUCCUACGCUCUGUAUUCUUGCAGUACAACUCGCUCUCCGGAAAGCUCCCGCCUGAGAUCGGCAACCUCACCGGCCUCCGAAUCCUCAAUCUCGCGCAGAAUCACCUUUCCGGUGAUAUCUCCGGCGAUCUCCCUCCGGCACUCAAAUAUCUUGAUCUCUCCUCAAAUGCCUUCUCCGGCGAGAUUCCAAGGAGCGUCUCGAACUUAACUGAGCUCCAGCUCAUUAACCUCUCGUACAACCAGUUUGGAGGAGAGAUUCCGGCGAGCUUCGGAGAGCUCCAACAGCUUCAGUACCUCUGGCUCGAUCACAAUCUCUUGGAAGGAACUCUUCCCUCAGCAAUAGCCAAUUGCUCGUCGCUUGUGCACCUAAGCGCCGAAGGCAAUUCGCUUGGAGGUGUCGUUCCCGCUGCACUGGGAGCUCUUCCAAAGCUUCAGGUGCUCACGCUCUCGCAGAACAAUCUCUCUGGUUCGGUCCCUACGUCGAUGAUCUGCAACGUCUCGGUCCAUGCCCCGUCACUUCGAUUUGUUCAGCUGGGAUUCAAUGCGUUCACGGAUAUGGUGAGGCCCGAGACGUCAACGUGUUUCAGUGUUCUUCAGGUUCUGAAUAUUCAACACAAUCGGAUUCACGGUGUGUUUCCCUCGGUGUUAACACUUAUAUCCACCUUAAAAACAGUUGAUCUUUCCGACAAUUUGUUCUCUGGUGUGCUUCCCGCUGAGAUUGGAAACCUGGUAAGGUUGGAGGAGUUAAACUUGGCGAACAACUCGUUUAGUGGUGUGAUUCCAAUGGAGAUCAAGAAAUGCACGUCAUUAAGCAUUCUUGAUUUCGAGGGAAACCACUUUGCGGGAGAGAUUCCCGAAUUUUUAGGCGAUAUCAAGGGUUUGAAGGUGUUAUCCCUCGGAGGAAAUUCGUUUAUGGGUUCAGUUCCGGCGAGUUUUCGCAAUCUUUUGGUGCUCGAGACUUUGAACCUGAGAGCUAACAGACUGAAUGGAACUCUGCUGGAGGACCUAAUGGGAUUAAGCAAUUUGACCACACUGGACCUCAGUGGUAAUGGUUUUUCUGGUGAAAUUCCCCCGAGCAUUGGUAAUCUGAGUCGGUUAAUGGUAUUGAAUCUGAGUGAUAAUGGGUUUUUCGGGAGGGUUCCGCCGAGCAUGGGAAAUCUUUUCAGGCUGGCGAGUCUGGAUUUGAGCAAACAGAAUCUCUCUGGGGAGCUACCCUUUGAGCUUUCGGGUUUGCCAAAUCUGCAAGUGAUUGCUCUGCAGCAGAACUCCUUUUCAGGGGAUGUUCCUGAAGGGUUUAGUAGUUUGAUGGGUUUACGCUAUUUGAACCUAAGUUCCAAUGCCUUCUCCAGUCACAUUUCGGGAAAUUACGGUUUUCUUCGGUCACUGGUGGCGCUGUCAUUGUCGAAUAAUCAUGUUUCCGGACCUAUUCCACCGGAGCUCGGUAACUGCACUGAUAUGGAGGUUCUCGAGCUCCGGUCAAACUCUCUAAUGGGCCACAUUCCUGCGGAUCUGUCUCGACUUUCGCAUUUGGAAGUGCUUGAUUUGGGUGGAAACAAUCUGACAGGUGACAUUCCAGAGGAGAUUUCCAAGUGCUCGUCUUUGACAGCUUUAUUACUGGACUCGAAUAAUCUUUCAGGGGGCAUUCCGGUCUCAUUAUCCCAGCUAUCAAAUUUGAGAAAGUUGGACCUUUCUAGUAACAACCUAAGUGGGGUAAUUCCACCUAAUCUUACAAUGAUUUCCAGCUUGGUAAGCUUCAAUGUGUCGAGUAAUAACCUCCAAGGCGAGAUCCCUGCAAUGCUGGGUACUCGAUUCAAUGAUCCAUCAGCCUUUUCAGGUAAUCAGAACUUAUGCGGGAAGCCAAUGGAUCGAAAUUGUCAGGGGAUGACUGAUGGGGAUAGGAAGAGGAGGCUGAUUUUGUUAAUUGUUGUUGCUGCAAGUGGGGCUUGCCUAUUGGCAUUGUGUUGCUGUUUCUACAUUUUCAGCCUCUUGAGGUGGCGGAAGCGGCUCAAAGAAGGGGCAUCUGGGGAGAAGAAACGAAGUCCCGGGAGGGCUAGCUCGGGGGCAAGCGGAGGCCGCGGAAGUAGCACCGAUAACGGUGGCGUGGGGCCGAAGCUGGUGAUGUUCAAUAACAAGAUCACACUAGCAGAGACAAUUGAGGCAACCAGGCAGUUCGACGAAGAGAACGUACUAAGCAGGACGAGAUAUGGGUUGGUUUUCAAAGCAAGCUACAACGAUGGAAUGGUGCUAUCCAUCCGCAGACUCCCAGACGGUUCUCUCGACGAGAACAUGUUCAGAAAAGAAGCAGAAUCGCUAGGUAAAGUGAAGCACCGAAACUUGACUGUCCUGCGUGGAUAUUAUGCCGGCGCACCCGAUUUGAGGCUCCUUGCCUACGACUACAUGCCCAAUGGAAACCUUGCCAGUUUGCUCCAAGAAGCAUCCCACCAAGACGGCCAUGUCCUCAAUUGGCCAAUGCGCCACCUCAUUGCGCUCGGGAUCGCCCGCGGCUUGGCCUUCCUACACAGUUCCUCCAUGGUGCAUGGCGAUGUCAAGCCUCAAAGCGUUCUUUUCGACGCUGAUUUCGAAGCCCAUUUGUCUGAUUUCGGUCUGGACCGCCUCACAGUAGCAACCCCAGCCGAAGCCUCAACUUCAACGACUUCGAUCGGCACAAUAGGCUAUAUAUCGCCAGAAGCAGUCCUAACAGGGGAAGCCACAAAAGAAUCAGAUGUCUACAGCUUCGGCAUUGUCCUGCUCGAACUUUUAACCGGGAAGAGACCCGUGAUGUUCACGCAGCAGGACGAAGACAUUGUCAAGUGGGUGAAGAAACAAUUGCAAAAGGGUCAAAUUACAGAGUUGCUAGAGCCGGGCUUGCUGGAGCUCGACCCCGAAUCAUCAGAAUGGGAAGAGUUCUUGCUUGGAGUCAAAGUCGGGUUGCUCUGCACAGCACCGGACCCCCUCGACCGACCAACCAUGUCCGACAUCGUCUUCAUGCUGGAGGGUUGCCGGGUCGGGCCCGAUAUUCCUUCAUCCGCCGAUCCAACCUCACAACAUUCUCCGGCAUAAGCCGAGACCCUUUCUAUUUUCGGAACCUUGACCAUUUUUGUUUUUUGCCCAGUAGUUGAAUUUUUAGAUUCUCUCUGAUUUCUUUUUUAUUUUUAUUUUUUUUCUCGAUUUGAAAGAAAAGAUUGCUAUCAACGUAAGUCACGCUUUUUUUCUUUUUA